CGCUACCACUAGGUAUACUAACCUUUUAAACCUUCGGCACGCUUUUUAUUCCACUUCACCAUUGAGUUGUUAACUGAGUUGUUACACAGAUUGUUUUCUCCGUCAUGAUGCGAAUACACGCCCAAUCCAGCCUGCGUUUCAUCUCCCGGCACUGCAGCCGCACCCUCCCCGUCGCUCUUCCCCGGCACCUUUCCACCUCCACGACAGCAGCGCGGACGACGAUCCCAAUGUCGCUCCCACUCCCGCUCCUCCCACCCACACGCCGUGUGCCACAGCACCACCACCACCUCUCGUCGUUCCUGCGGCGCACAUUCGCGACCAAGAAAGGACCGCCGCCGGAGUCCUUCACCUUCUACACGUCCGCCUCCUUCUCGCCAAAGGGAAAAAAGUACGAUCCAGAGAAGGAAAUCUUCAGCCACGUCAGCGGCUCCCCCGAGUCCACGCCGAACCCGGAGAAGCGCAGGAGUCGCGCCGGUCAGGACGCUUACUUUGUCACCGGACUGGAGCACGCGGAGGGCGAUGGUAAUGACGCGGUGGCGGUCGGUGUGGCUGAUGGCGUCGGCGGCUACGACAAGAUCGGUAUCGACUCAGCAAUCUUCUCGCAGGCACUGGUUAUCAGCAUUGCGUCUGCAGCGCAGGCUGCGACGUCGGCGGCGGUGAACCCACGAGAUCUGCUGGAGAUCGGAUACGCGCGCACCCUGGAGGACGACAAGAUCAAGGGUGGCGCGGCCACCGCGUGCCUGGGUGUUUUCAAGAAGGAUGGGACGUUGAAUGUUGCGAAUCUGGGAGACUCGGGGUUCGUGAUCCUUCGUCAGGGAAAGGUGCACUAUGCUUCGCAGCCACAAACCCAUGACUUCAACUUCCCGCUCCAGCUCGUGUACAUCCCCGCGCACUCGCCCGCGGAAGUUACGCCCAGCGACACCCCCGAGAUGUCCACGACCUCGUCGCACCAGUUGCAGGAAGGUGACGUAGUCCUGUUCGCCACCGACGGAGUGUGGGACAACAUCUCCGCACAGGAGAUCUUGCGCGGCGUGUCGGCAAAGAUGCUCGAAACCCACUGCUGGAAGAUCCCGGUGGAGGGUGAAGGCAUCAAGACCUCGGCGAAGCACCUGACCGCGGCGACGAUGACGAAGGAGGAUCAUGUCCCGCUGCAUACCGCCCUGGCUCGGACGGUGAUCAGAAUGGCGAAGUCCGCGAGCAUGAACACCAAGCGUGACGGGCCAUUUGCAAAGGAGGUGCAGAGGCUAUUCCCCAAUGAAAACUACCAUGGCGGAAAGGUGGAUGAUAUCACCGUCAUUGUCACGGUGGUGAAGAAGAACUAUCCGACACCGAAGCUGGCAGCGAAUCUCUAGGUAGAUUUCUUCCGUGCUACAUUUUGUACCUACUUCUUACUCUACUUGCAUACCCGGCGGCGUUUGUUAAAGGGAAGGGGGGGUGCUUUGUUUGUCAUGUACCCAGUAGUUAGAUACAAUUCAAGCUAUUGUAAUACAAUACUCAUGCACAACCGCGGCAGUGAAUAUCCCGUUGGCCGGCUACCUCGGGAGAUCUCACUUCCGCCAACCACCGCCCGGAUGCACG